GGCCCUUUUUUCCUUGUGUCAGCGUGCUCACAAAAUGCUGUGGUAAGCCUAGCCAAGCCAGCCAGCGGCCGAGGCGGAAUUUCGCAGGUUUGUGUACAGCUCUUCCUGGGCCCUGAAUCUUCCACUCCUACCCACGUCACAGCGGCUCCAAGUCGGGGCCCGGCGUCGUUCCACGCGCGCACUGCGCAUCUCGCCCGGGGCUCUCUCUAGCCAUUUGCGCUCGACACACACACACACACACAGGCACCCGCGCGCUGUGUCGCUGGUAAAAGGCACCGGGCGUUUUACGCUGAGGGGGAUGGCAUUGGCAAAAUGAUUUCGCGCUGUCGCGGUGCGGAACGCAUGCCAACAGAUUGCCCAGCUGACCGGAGCCCCCCUAUCAUCUGACGAGGAGCGGCCAAUCAGCGUCCUCCGAAAAGUGAUGGCGACAGCGGGUUGCGGUCGUUGUUUCUCAGGGGCUCAGACUUGGCGCCAUUUACCCCAGACCUAGGGGCACUGCCACGGCCGUGAGAUUGCGGAGGAUAUAAAGCGUGUGUGAGCGGGCGCAUAAGUAUCUCCCAUUCUUGUCCGUGUCUGCUCCCUGCCAUGGUCAACCUUCGCCGCGUUGAAGAUCGCCCGACUCCGAAGGAGGUGUACAACUGGAGAGUCUACGCCAAUGCGAUCUUCGCCGCUUGGGCCGCCGUUAUCGGUUACGACUCGGCUUUCAUUGGCACGUCGAUCAGCUUGACGAGCUUCAAGACCGAGUUCAAUCUGCUGCACAAGAGCGCGCACGAGCUCAACUUCAUCUCCGCCAACAUCGUCUCCGUUUUCCAAGCGGGAUGCUUCUUCGGCGCCUUCGCCGGUUACGGCCUGGGCUACUACCUGGGGCGCAAAAUCGGCCUCCUCGUCGCCAGCUCCAUCUUCAUCGUCGGCGCCGUCAUGCAAUGCGUCGCGACUGGGUCCACCGGGCUCGGGCUCAUGUAUGCGGGUCGGAUCAUCGUGGGUCUGGCGGUCGGAAUUGCGUCCAAUCUGGCUCCGAUUUACGUCGCCGAAAUUGCGCCGCCUGCUAUCCGCGGCCGUCUGAUCGGUCUGUACGAACUGUGCUGGCAGACGGGUGGUGUUAUCGGCUUUUGGAUUAAUUAUGGUGUUACGCAACACAUCGGUCCGAGCCGCAAGCAGUGGCAGAUGGCCUUUUUCGUCCAGCUGAUUCCCGGUGGGAUGCUCUUCAUCGGCUCGCUAUUCAUGGUCGAGUCGCCGCGAUGGCUCGCGUCCAGGGACCGCAACUCGCAGGCCCUGCGCAACCUGGCCACGCUGCGCAAUCUGCCCGAGGACGCGCCCUACGUCGUGGAGGAGCUGGCCGAGAUCGAAGCCGGGAUCGCGCACGAACGGAGUCUCGCUGGGGCCGGGUUCUUCGGGCCCCUGCUCACCGUCUUCCGCAGCAAGGCGCUGAUGUACAGGCUGUUCAUUGGAUGCAUCAUGUUCGCCUGGCAGAACGGCACGGGUAUCAACGCCAUCAACUACUACUCGCCGACGAUCUUCAAGUCUAUCGGGAUCACCGGAACCAACACGAGUCUGCUCACGACUGGCGUGUACGGCCUCAUCAAGCUGUUUGGCGCGCUCGUCUGGCUGCUAUACCUGGUGGACACCUUUGGCCGUCGCUGGGUGCUCAUCGUCGGUUCCGCCGGAGGGGCUGUCUGCAUGUACUACAUCGGCGCGUUCAUCGCUGUUUCGCAGCCCACGCGCCACGUGACGACCACGAUCGGACCGGGCGGCCGGAGCGCGAUCGCGUUCUUCUACCUCUGGACGAUCUUCUACGGGCCGACGUGGAACGGCACGCCGUGGGUGUACGGCGCUGAGAUCUUCCCGCAGCACGUGCGGACGUUCACGCAAGCGUGCAUCGCUGCGUCGAACUGGCUGUUCGGCUUCAUCAUCGCGCGGUUCACGCCGCAGAUGUUCGCGACGAUGGGCUACGGCGUGUAUCUCUUUUUCGCGACGCUCAUGGUGUUUUCGAUUCCGUUCGUCUACUUUGUGAUACCCGAGACGAAGCAGAUCCCGCUGGAGCGGAUGGAGGAGCUGUUCGCGCCCGAGCUCAAGCCCCGGAAAGCACACGGCAUCGUCAUGGCGCGCGUGCACGAGACCCGGGCGCUGCGCGACGAGAGUCCGCGCUCCGUGUCGCUCGACGAGAAGUCGGCGCAGAUCCAGCGCGAGAAUGUGUAAGAUGACGAUUUGGGAUAUUUCUGCUCGGUUAACCUCAUGUAUAAUGUACGCUACGACGAUCUACUGCAAUCAACUCUCCGGUUGGGACUAUUUUGGUCGGAUCACCUGGCUAUAAUUGGACUGCUGCGGUUUUGGAUCUGGUCAGCCUCUCUUCCUUGGAUCAGGUCAGGUGCCGCACUUGGUCAGCUCUCAGCGCCGUGGAAGCUAUCCGAAAGAUGUUGCACAAGCAUCUUCAGCCGCGUCCAGAUUUACCCACGGUCCAUUGCCAUUUCGCCAUGUUCAGCCGCCUCCCCACCCGGGUGCAAAAUUCCGCCGGGCGGGAACUCACACGUACCAUCGGGUCAACGAGGUCCUGCGUCUCAACCGUGCAGAACCGGAGCCAGGCUCUCCCUCGCUGUCGGAACCAAUCCGGAUAUGCGACGCCGCGAACGGCGAACAUACAGCACAUCGAUAAGAUUCGCAGCUUAAAUACCAUGAGUUUCUGCAAGGACUGCAUCAGCGGUGUCACCCACGAGGGAACGCCCGAAGGCAAGAUCGAGACCAUCGGCGGAAUUGAGACCUACGUCGCCACCCCGACCGUCGACUUCCCCAAGGACAAGGCUAUCCUCUUCCUCAGCGACGUCUUCGGCCUCCCGCUGAUCAACAACAAGCUCUUGGCCGAUGACUUUGCGCGCAACGGCUUCAAGACAUACAUGCCGGAUCUGUUCGCCGGGGACUCCAUCGGCGCCGAUGCCAUGAGCACCGGCAAAUUCAACCUCGCCGAGUGGUUCCCGAACCACACCCAGGAGAAGACGCGCCCCAUCAUCGACACGUUCAUCGCCGCGCUCGAGGCGCAGGGCGUGACCAAGUUCGCCGCGGUCGGGUACUGCUUCGGCGGGCGCUACGUGUUCGACCUCGCGUUCGACCACAAGAUCGCCGUCGCCGCCACCGCGCACCCGUCGCUGCUGCAGAAGCCUGCCGAUCUCGAGAAAUACGCCGCGACUGCGACGGCGCCGUUGCUGAUCAACAGCUGCACGGUCGACGAGCAGUACCCCGUCGAGGCCGCGCUCCAGGGCGACGAGAUCCUCAAGAACUUCGCGCCGGGCUACAAGCGCGAGCACUUUGAGGGCUGCUCGCACGGCUUCGCCAUCCGCGGCGACAUGUCGAUCCCGGCCGUCAAGGCGGGCAAGGAGGGCGCCUUCAAGGCCACUGUUGACUGGUUCAUCAAGUAUUUGUAAACGGCGGGGAGGAAGGAAGGAAGGAAGGAAGAUGCAAGUGUUUGUUGUAUACAUGUAACUGCCAUGACCCGUAUCUCAACACGGCACUGCGCUUGAGAGAGAAGCUAUUAUGUGCACAAGCUGGUGGCAUAUAUGAAUGAUCGCAGUGAACGACAAUACAAUGCCAGGGAUGGUCCAGGUCAGGCUAUUGGAGGAGGGUUCGUUCCAUCCUCAACCCCAGCUCUUGAGGGCCCUCGUUGGUAUUCAACGGGGACAGCCCAUGCGGAUUCCAAGAAUUGGUGAUCAAGCCACGGUGCCAGGUGGUCGAACUCGACGUAUCAUCCCAACACGCGCGGAAAGAGCUGGAAAGAGGCGCUUACAUAGGUCCCGCGGCUCAACUCAACAGUGUUCAAGGGUGCAUAGAAUUGAUUAUUCAGUGGCAGCUGUUCCGAGCCGUCCUCCCACAAACCCGGUCCAUAUUAUCGUUAUCAGAACGAAGCUCAUCAUCGCGGGCGCGAGCGGCUUCGUGGGCAGCGAGCUCGUGCGCCAGUCCCUCCGGCGCCCCGAAUUCACCUCUGUCAUUCAAGUUGCACUCGCGCGGAAACAUGGAUCCCCCAGCCGCGCGGCGAAGUGGAGCCGCCGGGGAAGUUCAAGAGCGUGGUCGUGGCGGACUACGACCGUGGUGAUUAUCCUGAGCAGGCCCGGGAGGCGUUCGCUGGGGCUGACGCGUGCAUCUGGUG